AUGAAGUUCCUUCUCUUCACAUUUGUUGGUGUUGUUCACCUUUUAUCCACGAACUCUGGGAAAGCUAUAUAUAGAAAUGGCAUCUCUCAAAAGACUUUUCAAGAAAUAAAAGAAGAAAUAGCCUGCUAUGGAGAUGUUGCUAAAGCAAUCAUCAACCUUGCUGUUUAUGGUAAAGCCCAGAACAGAUCCUAUGAGCGAUUGGCACUUCUGGUUGAUACUGUUGGACCCAGACUAAGUGGCUCCAAGAGCCUAGAAAAAGCCAUCCAAAUCAUGUACCAAAACCUGCAGGAAGAUGGGCUGGAGAAUGUCCACCUGGAGCCAGUCAAAAUACCCCACUGGGAAAGAGGAGAAGAGUCUGCUGUGAUGCUGGAGCCCCGGAAUCACAAGAUGGCUAUUUUGGGUCUUGGCAGCAGCAUUGGGACUCCCCCAGAAGGCAUUACAGCAGAAGUUCUGGUGGUGACCUCUUUUGAUGAACUGCAGAGAAGGGCCCCAGAAGCAAGAGGGAAGAUUGUUGUUUAUAAUCAACCUUAUACCAACUACUCGAGCACGGUCCAAUACCGAGUCCAGGGGGCGGUGGAAGCUGCCAAAGUCGGGGCUUUGGCAUCCCUCAUUCGAUCGGUGGCUUCGUUCUCCAUCUACAGUCCUCACACAGGUGUCCAGGAAUACCAGGAUGGUGUGCCAAAGAUCCCAACAGCCUGUAUUACAGUGGAAGAUGCAGAAAUGAUGUCAAGAAUGGUUUCUCGUGGGAACAGAAUUGUCAUUCAGCUAAAGAUGGGGGCAAGGAGCUACCCAGAUGCUGAUUCCUUCAACACUGUAGCAGAGAUCACUGGUAGCAAGUAUCCAGAGCAGGUUGUACUCGUCAGUGGACAUCUGGACAGCUGGGACGUUGGGCAGGGUGCCAUGGACGAUGGUGGUGGAGCCUUUAUUUCAUGGGAAGCACUCUCGCUUAUUAAAGACCUUGGGCUACGUCCGAAGAGGACUCUGCGUUUGGUGCUCUGGACUGCCGAAGAACAAGGUGGAAUUGGUGCCUUCCAGUAUUAUCAGUUACACAAAGCAAAUAGUUCCAACUACAGCCUGGUGAUGGAGUCUGACUCAGGAACCUUCUUACCCUCUGGGCUGCAAUUCACUGGCAGUGAUAAGGCCAGGGCCAUCAUGGAGGAAGUCAUGAGCCUGCUGAAGCCCAUCAAUAUCACACAGGUCUUUAGGGCUGGAGAAGGGACAGACAUUAACUUCUGGAUUCAAGCUGGAGUGCCUGGAGCCAGUCUACUUGAUGACCUACAUAAAUAUUUCUCCUUCCAUCAUUCCCAUGGAGACACCAUGACUGUCAUGGAUCCAAAGCAAAUGAAUGUUGCUGCUGCUCUUUGGGCAGUUGUCUCUUACGUCGUUGCAGACAUGGAAGAAAUGCUGCCCCGGUCUUAAGAAGAACAAGAAAGAAGUCACUUUUGUCCUUUCUGGACAGGAAUCCUGAGUCUGCAGCUUCAGGAAGCCCCUCUUCACCUAACAAUUUCACCUGAUCCAUUUCAAAGCACAACACUAAUUCAUACUUUCUGUUAUAUAUCUUGAUACUUUCCAAAUUCUCUGUUUCUAGAAUAAAGAAUGAUCUCUACCCCCACAUAGAAUCAACAUAUGGUAGGGAUCACAGUGGGGCCAUUUCUUUAUACCACCUGUUAAAAGUAUUAUUUCUAGGGGCGGGCCCGGUGGUGCGGUGGUUAAGUGCACACUUUCCGCUUCUGUGGCCCAGGGUUCGCCGGUUCGGAUUCUGGGUGCGGACAUAGCACCGCUUGGCAAGCCAUGCUGUGGUGGGCGUCCCACAUAUAACAUAGGGGAAGAUGGGCACGGAUGUUAGAUCAGGGCCAGUCUUCCUCAGCAAAAAGAGGAGGAUUGGCAGCACAUGUUAGCUCAGGGCUAAUCUUCCUUUCUACUUUGAAAGUAAACAUUGGCUAAAUCUUUGGAAGACCUCUGGUUUUCACAUGUGUAUGUAUGAAGAAUAAAUCAAAUACAGUGACACCAAUU